AUGCCUGAGCCUUCAUAUCCAGAUUGCUCCGGCCUAAGAGUACUUCCAAGCUCCAGUUCUCUGUCACUCAUCAUCCUCUGGUCGUUCUUAGGACUCCUCUCGACUGUGAGAACCAACUUGAUAUGGAAAUCAAAGGUCGGGGUCACAGUCAACAUAUUCAUUGGUGGUAUACAUGACGCCUGCUGGCCCACAGCAGCGGCGUGUAUAUUUCGGUUGGACUCUUCGAAUAUGCAUGAUGACAAUUCCUAUCAUGGUCCCAAGCAAAGAGGCAGAGAUUUGGCCGCCAACGCGCAGGGUGUCGUCGCCAUCUUCGAAGCGGCUGCAAUGCAUUCGGGCCGCACUAUCAUCAGAAUGGAUGGCACAACGGACGACCCAUUUGACUAUACUGGAAGUGCUUUGGUGGGCUAG